UUUGUUCGUUGUUGUUUCUUGACCCAAUUCUAGACGCAGAGAUGAUGAACCUCCUGGCGUUGGGCCUCCUCAUCUCCUCCCUCGCCGCCGCCGGCGUAUGGUCGCCCCCGCCGGAGCCACCCAAGCCCCGUCACCCGACACUCUCGUCCGAGAAGGCCACCGCCUCAUCGUCGUCGAGUACGAACGCCAUGUCCCCUCUGACCACUCCCGCCUCCGAAACCGCCCAUCACCUCAUUGAAAAAGCGAAGGAAAAGUUCCAAGAGGCUUCCUCCCAUCUCCCAACGUUGGCCAGGGCCUCCACUCCCACCACCCAAUCCCAUUCCACUAAGGAUAAGAUAUGCGAUGCCUAUGGCACCUGCAAGGAUAAGCUAUCCAACCUGGUUGGCAGGAGCAAGGAUAAGGUCGGACACCAAAAUGUCAUGGACAGGAGCAGGGACAUCGCCGGGGCCAAGGCCUCGGAACUCAAGGAUACCGCGAAGGACACCGUCAAGAAAACAGUGGACUCAUGCAAGGAAGCUGGGCAGGACAUGGUUGGAAAUAUAUCAAGCAUUUCCGAGAAGGUGGUGAACGAGACCGAGGCAGCGGCGGCGGCAGCUAGCGAGCUGCGGCGGAACCUGACCGAUAUAAUUCAGCGAGCUCGGGAUGUGGCCUAUGAUGCGAUUGUGUACGUCGGGGCGCCGGAGACGGCGAGCACGCGGCGGCGGCGGGCGCAGCUGCUUGGGUUUGCUACUGCGUACGGGACGUGUGUGGGGACCUUCGUGUCGAGCCAUGUGCUCGCCGCGGCGCUGCCGAGGCAGCAGUUUGGGCUGAUGCAGAGCAAGUUGUAUCCGGUGUACUUCCGCGUGGUGGCUUACGGCGUCGGAGUUGCAUGGCUUGCACACUUCUUUGGGCAGGGCCGGGGGGCGGUGGCAGAGCGGUUGCAGGGCUACAAUUUGCUAGGAUCCUUUGUGCUGGUCUUGGCGAACAUGCUCUUCCUGGAGCCUAAGGCCACGAAGGCUAUGUUCGAAAGGAUGAAGGUGAUGAAGGAAGAAGGAAGGGGAAGGGACAUGGCGGACGUGCUCGUUGAGCCGGCGUCGGCGACGGCUACCACGACUACUGCUGCCGCCACGCCGACGAGCACGGCGUUUGGGGUGGCGAGGACUACGGUGACGGUGGACCAGGAGGUGGUGAAGAGUAGAAUGGUGAAGCUGAAUAAGAGACUGAAGAUGCUCAACAACUACUCAUCCUUCCUCAAUGUUUUGACUCUCAUGGGUCUCACCUGGCACCUGGUGCACCUGCCCAUCGGGUGCAAACUAGUUGUUAAAGGCAGGACAUGCUUAAGUUGUGUGGUUUGCUUUGUGAUGGUGGGCUGUUUCUCCCUGGCGAAAUUUAAUACUGGCUUUGUUAUACGUUGCAAUUUGACAUGUUACCGGCUUUGUGUUGUUGUGUGGUCCGUUCCAUCCCUUCUCUAACUAAAAUAUUAGUUUUACGAUGGGUAAAUUAAUUAUCGACUUACGUAAACUGUAAGCAUUGCAUCGAGGUACCGAGAUAUUCCCUUAAUUUGGGUUUCAUGGCCACAACGGUCAACAGGGAGCUUUAUGAAAAUAUAAUGAUAAGUUUUGGUAUGUUGGCCAAAUCAGUACAUUCAUUAUAAGCAAAA